CUAUGUGACAUGACAUACUAGACUCUUUAGUCUAGUGAUAAUUUUUUACAUUUUAAAAUAGAAGAUGAGAGUUUAAAUUGUGAGUGUAUUUUUUUGUUAUGAAAAAAAGUAAAAAAUAAAUAAAGAAAUAACAUGUAAUAUAAACAAAGGGAAUAAAACUGGAUUAUUCACCCCACAAACCAAAAGCAAAAGCAUUAUAGUAGGCUCCAUAGAGAAGUGAAGGGCUGAAUUUAGAAAAAUUAUUAUAUAAUUCGAAAUUAUAUGACUGAUAAAUUAAUAAAGAGAUGACAUGCAAUAAAAAAAAACGAAAUAAAAUUGGAUUCGGGGGUUGUUAAGAAAUCUGAUACUAUAACCUUCGUGUCAAAUAAAGGGCGGAAAGCAUGCAGCAGGUGGGACCCACGCAUCAAACGGUGUUGAUGCAUUCGGAUUAAGUUUUUCCCUCUACUUUAGAAGAGGCGAAUCAUAUCUCAAAACAUAAAAAAAAAAAAAAAGAAAAAAGAAAAAAGAAAAAAAGAAAAAAUCUCUGUAGUUUGACCUUCUCUAUGCCCUCCACUGGGCAGUCACCACAAGUCCACUUUCACUGCACCCGACCGCUUCUGAUCACAACUCCUUCAAAGGUACGCUCCUCUUCCACCUUAUACGCGGCAUCGAAAUUUUAAACCUUUUGCACUUGGACGAAACUACCCCUCACCGAUACUCCGCUCUGAGAAUCAGAUACACAAAAGAAGAACCACCACUGCUUUCCUCUCACCACUUUGUGCUCUCUCUCUCUGUCUCCCUCUUUCUCUCUCUCUAACAUAAUUACAGAAUUUUCUUUCCGAACAGCUACAUUGAUUUCAAGAUUUCGAACUUUUUGGCCGCCGGAAUCGAAGUCUUUCACACCGUUCGACUCUUCGAUUGAGUCCAAAUUGAAGUAUUCCCAGGUUGUUUGCUGCUUUUCACUCAGAUUCGUUUCAAUAAUUUUCUGUGGACAAAAGCGAUUAUUAUGAUGAGCUAGAGGCAUCAAUUUCAGUUGAAGACACACAGAUGAUGAAGAAGCUCUUCUUUUUCAGAUCUUCUGGAUCUGGUAGUGGAAACAAUAAUUCUGUUUCACACCCUUCAACAGACAAGCAAGUUUAUUGGGAGAAAGUAACAGACACUGAUACCAGACCGUGCCUUAGAAGGAGCUUUUCAUUCUCAUCUGCAGCCUCUCAUGAUGGUGCUCUAGGACAGAGGAAUGGGUCUCCUUCUCGCAGUAGUAAUGUUCCACUCAAGCGAUCCAAUCGACAUUCAUCCCGUUAUCGUACCUUUACUCCUGAAAGGCAAUCCAAGGAAAAAUGCUUUGAAGCUGUUGCAAUUAAAAAUGCGCAUGCAGUAGAGAAGCCUGGUUCUACUACUUCGUCUGCAAGUCUCAAUGAUUCAUCAGAGGGCUCCAGUAAUGUCUCAAAUAAGGUUCUGGACCGUUACAUUGACGGGGAACAACAGCAGGAAAGGAGUUUGCCAAAGUGCAAUUACUACGAGAGAAAUCACAUUGGAAAUGGAAAUAGUGGUGGAAAGUAUCCCCGGCAAGUUCAAUAUACAGCCCCUGCUUCACCAACAGAUAGUGUGAAAGGGAAACCAAGGUCUCAUUCAUUUAGAGAAGCUAAAGGAGGAACCCACCAUCAUUUUUCAUCUGGAGACUCUGUGGGGAAUGGAUUUGAACAAGAAUCUCCUCGGAGGCUUGCAAAGCAUGUGAUUGAGAGACUUACCCAGUCUCGUGUUUUACCCAAAACAAGUUCAAAAGAAUUAAAUUCUGAUGUUCCAAUAACCAUUGAAGAUAUCUAUGGUGGACCCUUAAAUGGAUGCCCUAGUUUGAAUUCAGAUAGGGUUUUGAGAAACAGCUCUCUACUGGAUGGACAGAAUAGAACCACCAAUGGAUAUCACCACAAAGAAAUCUCAGGCUUCCAGAAACGAAACUGCUUCCCUAUUGAUAAUUGUGGAGAUCUGAACUCUUUUGAGAUUGUAGAGGACUCAGACGUGGACUUACUAAGAAAAUCCAAGGAAGCUGAGAAGCGGUUCAUGGUUCUUUCUGAAGAGCUUGAGCAGGAAAACUUUCUUCAAGACAGUGGGUUCAGUGUGCCUGCAUUGAUUCAGACAAUUAGAAACCUAACUGAGGAGAAGGUAAGCAUGGCACUUGAGGUUUCAUCUAUCCUACGGGAUCGAGUUGCUGAGAGGGCUUCAACCAAGGAAGAAAUUAGACUGGUAAGAGUGGAAUUGGACUCUCGGACCCGAAGACUGGAGAAGGAGAAGAACGAGUUGCAGUUGGCUCUGGAAAAGGAGUUAGACAGAAGAUCAAGUGACUGGUCAGUGAAGCUUGAAAAGUACCAGGCAGAAGAGCAUAGGCUUCGUGAGCGGGUGAGGGAACUCGCAGAGCAGAAUGUCUCGCUCCAAAAGGAAGUCUCUUUUUUUAGCGAGAGGGAAAUGGAGACUAGUAGCAGGAUAACAUAUUCAGAGCUACAACUUAAGGACCUGACCACAAGUUUGGAUGAAACAAGAGAGGAGAAUCAAAAUCUAAAGCAAGAUUUUUCUGACAUACAAGAAAAAUAUAAGGCAGCGGAAGAAGAUCGUGAUUGCAUCCGUAGAAAUUAUGAAGAGAAGGAGAAAGAGCGUAAACAGUUACACAAAUCUAUUACUAGAUUACUAAGAACCUGCAGUGAACAAGAGAAGACAAUUGAUGGGUUGCGAAAAGGACUUAGUCAUGAAAUUAAGAAGGGUUCUCUGGAGAACUUUGAUAAGCAGUUAGGAAAGUUGCAAAUGGAGCAAAUGAGAUUGACAGGGGUGGAGCAGGCUUUGAGGAAGGAGGUGGAAUCUUAUAGGCUGGAAGUUGAUUCUCUUCGGCAUGAGAAUAUAAACCUAUUACAACGUCUAAAAGGCAGCGGAAAUGAGGGUGGAUUUUCAAUUUUUAAGCUGGAUCAAGAACUGCAGAACCGUGUUUGCUGUUUGCAAAACCAAGGACUAACACUGCUUAAUGAGAACACUCAGCUUUGUUCGAAGUUACUAGAUCACAUCAAAGAGAAAACAACCCAAAUCCCAGAAACUAACCAGGGUACUGAAGUCAUAACUAAUGGUUUUGAUGAUCAAUUUAUUGUUGAAGCUGAUAUGAAAGUCCAAGGUUUUAAGCGGGGAACUGAAAGCUUAAGGAGGAGUUUACAGACAAUAUCUGGUUUGUUGCAUGAGAAGUCCAAUCUGGUCAUUUUGGAGUCUCAUUCACAUAGCUUAGUGGAUGAAUCAGGCUGGCUAAAUAGUAAGAGCGUUGAGGACACCAUAAAAUCAGAGCUCAAAGCAGAAACUUUACUAACAAGUUUAUUGCGAGAAAAGCUGUAUUCCAAAGAACUGGAUGUGGAGCAACUGCAAGCUGAACUAGCGGCGGCUGUUAGAGGUACUGACAUUCUCAGAUGUGAAGUGCAAAACGCACUGGACUCACUUUCUUGUGUAACUCACAAGAUGAAAGAUCUUGAACUUCAGAUGAUUAAGAAGGACGAGAACACAAACCGGCUUCAAGAUGACCUCCAAGAAUAUACAAGGGAAUUAUCCAUCAUGAGGGAAACAUUACCAAGAGUCUCUCAGGAAAGAGACUUGAUGUGGGAGGAGGUGAAACAGUACAGUGAGAAGAACAUGUUAUUGAACUCCGAGAACAAUGUAUUAAAGAAGAAGAUAGAGGCUCUCGAUGAAGAUGUAUUACUUAAAGAAGGUCAGAUCACAAUCUUGAAAGACACCCUAGGCAAACCUUUUGACCUCAUUGGCACUCCAGAUUUCCGGCUGCAAUGAUUGAUAAAGAGCGUGACAAUUAGGUUGGAUUUGUAAAAACUGUUCAUACUUCAUACUUGUAUACUUUUGGAUUGUGUUUCUCAGUUUGUUUGUUUGUUUUUUUUUUUUCCAUUGUUUAAAUAUUCCAUGAGAGGUGAGAAUUGAGAAAUAUACUGUGAUUCUUUUGUAACUGUUCUGAACAAUUGUCAUGAUUGUUUGGUUUGCCUCGUCUGCUAAAAGAGGAAAUUUAGAUUUUGGAAUUUACUUUUAGAAGCUAUGAAUUUUCUUUGAUACUUCUUCACCUUGGUUUUGUGAAGUGAAACCAAGGGCCGGAAAAUUGUUCACAUUAGCGAUAAAUAAGAUUUUGCAGCAGAAGGUGGUUCUUUUAGGUGGUACCUCAAGCACAACUUGUAGAACAAAGAUGUGAAAAAAAAAAAAAAAAACAUAAUAGAUGGGGUUGC